ACGCAACACACGUUGACUCUUUGAGAGGAAGCACGUUGAGCUUGGGAUGAACUGGGUCAAGUCGCUGGUGAACAAAGUUCGAGCACCUGGGGAGCAUGCCCGUGGAGGGCCAGGUGGUCGUGGUGGCUCGAGUGGGAGUGACAGGGGCGCGGGCAUGGAACAAGGCGGCGGGAGCGGAAGUGAUGGGCAGGGGGGUGACCUUGGUGGGACGACAGCUUCUUCUCAGAGAUAUACUUCUUCGAGUUGGCCGGCUUCGCCUGCAGAUCUUGCCGCUGUCUUUCCUACCACUUCCCCGGACUCGCCUCAGGCUCGAGCUGCUGCCCUCCUCGCCUCGUCUUCGGCUACCUUUGCUCAGGCUCUGGCUGAUGCUGCUGGAGUGAGUGGCCCUGCGAGGUUUCUCUCACCGCAAGCUGCGCAACUGAGCAAGAUCUCGCUGGAAAACCUCAACGCCCUCCUCAUGCCGCUGUUGGAACUCUUUGCUGAGCUCUAUCUCGACGCUCCGCGCCUCGACGGCGAUCUCAUCGAUCAGCUCACCGUCACCCUCGCCCCGUUGCCGCUCUUUGUGGCUGCUGCUGCGUGCUCACUGCGGAGCUCGCUGGUGGCCGCCGGUCGAGCCGCGUCCUCGCGUGCAGCCGCCGCAUCCGCCACUGCCGCCUUGCUCGUCGCCCGCGACGGCACGUCGUCGCACGGCCCGCUCUUGGUGAGCGUCCUCGAGUUUGUCCUCACCGCUCCGCUGACGCCACUUCCGCUCCUCGCCGACGCUGUUGCCCGCACUGCCCUUCCGACUGCGCUCGCCAAGGCGCUUGUCCUCGCGGUCGGGUGCGAGCAGAGGCUCGGGCCGCCGGCCCGGACUCUCGCCGCCCUCAUCACGGCCUCACACGCCGCCGUCGAGGAUCUCCUCGACUCAGACACCGUUUUUGUGCUCUGCAAGCUCCCGCCGCUCUCACCAUCGCUCCUCCCGCCACUGGCUGCUGUCUUCUCGCCGGCCUUCCUCUCGCUCCCGGCUGCGGCGUCGUACAUUGCCGACAAGGGCUGCUACCGGGUUGCCUUUUCGGCGCUUGUCGACGGCCUGGCCGACCUCUCACCGCAGCUGGUACUCGAUACUCUGCUCGCGCUGCUGGCGCCGCUCUUUGAACCAGACCUCUCUCCGCCUGCCCGCCUGUCACUUCUCCGCGCCUUUGAGUGUGGGCCCGAUGUCUACCUCAUCAAGCUCCUCUCGUACAUGGAGGCCACCGGCUCGCCGACCCAGCUUGAUCAGCUUAUUGGGACUAUUGUCGACUUGCUCUACAUCGAGAGUGGACAGGCAGCCCAGCAGAGUGUGGCUCCGACGCGCUCAGUCUCUGCGCCGGCCGACCGCGGCGCUGCAGACCUCAUGCUCUCGCCCGGCUCGGCAACCAAGGUUGUAACCUACCCGCGCGCAUUCACGCUGCUGGACCUCAUUCUCUCGAUCUUUGCUGUCGAUCCAGGGGCGUACGAAGCGUGCAACGGGCCGAAUGUGCUCUCGUCGUUCCUCAUCCCGCUCCCGUCGUACGCGCCUGUCGUCCAGAACAGGCUCAUCAAGCUCGUCCAGUUUGUGGCGACGUCGAUCAAGCCGCACCCGACACCGGAGCUCACCCGGCUUGCUCAUCUCCUCGCCACCCUCGCGCUCGACGCCCCGGUAGUCGUGCUCAUUACCGCCGUCUUCACUUCGCUCGUCUCGUUCGAUUCGAGCUACCGCGACGAGGCCCGCGAGCUCGGCGUGGUUGAUGCCCUCGUCGCGCUCCUUGAUCCCGCCGCUCAGCCGUGGACUGCGCCCACCGCCGCCAUCGACGCCGUCACCGGUACCCUCGCCUGCCUCCUUGAGUCCAACUACACCAACGUCCGCGCCGUCCGCGCUGCCUCGCUUCCAGCCACGCUCAUGGACCUCCUUGUCCACGACUCGCUGCGGCCAGCAGCGCUCACGCUCCUUGUCCGCAUUGUCGGUGCCGACAAGCGCCAGGAGCAUGCAGACCUUGUCCACUACAUCGAGCUUCUCCAUGUCCACUCCAAGACCUCGCAUGCCAUGACUGUUGACAUGCUCAACGCCAUCACCCUCAUGUUCCGCGCCAACCCGGGUGCCACCGCUACCUUUCGCGACCUCGGCGGCUUCGUCACCCUCGUCUCCAUACUCGUCGCCCUCGAAGGAGUCUUUGCGCCAACCAAAGACACACCGUCGCCUACAGACGCGCCGGCUGUAGACGCCCAUGCGCUCGUCCUCGCCGUCCUCCGCCUCCUCUACCAUGCCGUCGUCUCACAAGAGCAGAACCUCGCCUUUGUCUCGGCCCACAUUGGAUUCAAGCCGCUCGGCCAGAUCCUCCUCAACACCGGCUUCCUCGACUCGACUCUUGCCCCGUACUACGUGUACCUCCUUGUCGCCAUGGCCAUGCCGAGACUGACCUCGAGCGCCAGGCCGUCGCACCCCGUGCCGCUCCCGUUUGGUUCGGACGCGUGGGACGUUCUCCUCGCCCGUCUUCUCGCCGGCGACAGCAUCGCCGGUCUUGCCGCUGACGCUCUCGUCCUCAACGCGCCGCCGCCACCCGGAGGCUACACGCUCCCGCUGGUGUUCUCGGCCAACACCCGGCUCGCGCACCCGGCCUUUGUCCUCCUCGCGCUCAAUCUUGUCUUUCACGGUACCCACCUGGUCGAUAGCCUGCUUCCGCACCUCUCGGCGCUGCUGGAGGCUCUCGCUGCUGCCGCCGUCCACAACGCCGCCUCGCUCGGAUCGGCCUCGCUGCUCUCUGCACUGCUUGCGCACAGCGGUACCUGGCUCGAGUCCGAGCGGCUGCGGCCAGGCAUCCUGCGCCUCAUUCAGGCUGUAGGCCGGGUGGCGCUCGCUCCGUCGGAGCUCCGCGCGCUCCUCAAUCUCUACACCGCCCACGGCGGCUCGGCUGCGGCCACGCUCGAGCUCACCAACACCCUUCUCCUCCUUGCCGAGCCAUACGCCAACGACCCGCCGUUUGUCAACUUUGACUUGCGCCACAAGCCGGGCUUUGCCGGCCUCCACAUGCCGUCACUCGGAUCGCGGUCGUGGCCGCCGGCCACCGGCUACACCUUUGGCACCUGGCUCUACGUCGAGGCGCUUGACGCAUCCCACCUCCUUCGCCUCCUCACCGUUUCCUCCGACGACAAGCGCUCGUACCUCGCGCUCUCGCUCCUCGGGACCACACCGCUGCUCUCGACUUCGGCCGCGGACACCGCCGCCGCAACUUUUGCUGGCGCGGUCAUCAAGUCGCGCCGUUGGUACCACCUUGUGGUCACCCACUCGCGCUCCCGGCUUCACGCCUCGGUCGCAUCGCUCUACAUCGACGGCCUGCUUGCGGGCUCGCACCGCUGCCCCUACCCUGCCUCGGCCGCCUCGCAGGUCUCAGCUCUCAUUGGCACCUCGCCGUCGAUGCGCGGCUCCGCCGAAAGCGCUGCCUUUAAGCUUGGCGCGACGUACAUGAUCGAAGCCGUCGCCUCGCCACGUGACGUCCACCUCUGGUACUGUCUCGGCCCACAGUACUCGGGCACGUUUGAUCCUUCGCUCGAACCAUACCAGUCGUACGCUCCGUUCGACGGGCCGAACCUCGCCACCGCCACCGCCCUCGAUGCGUCUGACUCGAGUUCGGCAGCGUCCGACCCGUCGUCGGCCGCGGCUGCUGCUGCCUCGGCUGUUGCCGCUCUUGCCUCGCUUGCCGCCGCCCGCCUCGCCGCCCCUGCCGCCGCGCUGGCGACUGCCAUCGCCCCAGCAGGCGCCUCACCCGUCGAUCCGUCACCUGCCGGUCGCAGCUUUGCCUUUUUCGAGUGGGCCAGCUACCUCAACUACGCCGCCGCGAGCUUUACCACCCUCACGGGGCCGAACAUUGUCUUUGCUUUUUCUGCCAAGUCGUACUUGGACCUCUCGUCCAAGGUCACUACCCACGCCGGCGCCGACGCACUCGUCGCCUCGUCACACCUGCUCAAUUUGGCUAGCCCGGCCGCCGCCGCGCCGCGCUCGCUCAUCGCGCCGCGCUCGGCUGCCGCACUCGCGCUCGCCACGGAGCCGUUUGCGCCAAGCGGCACCGGUGGCGCAGGCCGAAGCUCGGGCCCGCCGGGCGCCGGCGACCCGCCUGCGCUCCAGGCCGGCACCCCGCUGUACUACGACCUCGAGCGCGCCGCCCUUGCGUCGGCGUCGGCUGUCUCGGGCGACGCGGCCUCGGGCUCCGUCGGCCGGCUGAUGGGCCUCGCCGGCGCGUACACGCCCACCACGCUCGCCACCGCGCUGCAGUCGGUCGGCGGUGUGCCUGUUGUCCUCGAGCUGGUCGCCACGGCAACCACCCGCGACGAGCUGUUUGCCCGCGUCCAGCUCCUCUCGCAGCUCCUCGACGCUGCGCCGCAGAACCUGGCCCAAAUGACCGCGCUCGCCGGCUACGAGAUUCUCGCGCAGGUCAUGGUGGACAAGGUGCGCGACAACCUUGUCGACCACGCCACCCUCAACGCGCUUGUUGCGCUAGUCGGCAAGGACAUUGUCUCGCAGGACCACGGCCUCAUAGCCUCGGUCGCCGCCUUUGACGCGCUCUUUGCCAAUCCGUGCAUGUGGGCGUCGGCGCCGGUUGCGCUCCAGGCGCUCCUCCUCUCACGGCUCUCGUACCUGGUCACCUUUUCGUCGCUUGCCGAGCUCAACCUCUCAGCCUUCCGCGCCUCGGGCGUCCUCAUCCAUGUCCUCGAGUUUAUGCUUGCGCCCGAGACCGCAACGUCGCUGCUGGAGCCUGCGCGUGCGCUGCUGCGCGCGCUGCUCGCAGCCGACCCGCGCGAAGUCGACUUUUCCGAACUUGCCCACUACUUGGUUGCCACGCUCUCGGCCACGGUCGAGACCCAGGGCUGGGUGGGUGCGAGCGAGUCCGCGCGUCCACGCACUGACUCGGGUGGAUCGCGCCCGCGCCGUCGCCGCCGGGCUCGCUCAUUUGGUGCCGCCUCGGCCCGUGCCUUCCACGAGCACGUCCUAGACUCGCCAGGCAUUGCUGCUGGCCUCCGCGUCGCGCCGGUGGUCGGCAACUCAGAAGACAAGGCCUCGCGUCUUGUUUCUAUCCGCAACAUGCUCCUCACCGACGUUCUCGAUGCACUCGCUGGGCCAGCGCGUGGCUCGUCGCCGCAGGCCGCCUCUGUCGCCGCCGAGAUCUUUGCCCGCCGCACCACCCGCCAGUGGGUCCUGUUCUUUCUCGAGCGCAACGUUCACAAGUCGACCGUCCUCCUCGCGCUACGCAUCCUCGGCAGCCUGCUCUUGGGCGAGCACGCCUCGUCGUUUGCGCGGGAAUUUCGCGCCUCUGACGGCUUUGCCGCCCUCGCGCACAUGCUUCCGCACGCGGCCUCGUCGUUCACAGCCUAUUUUCUGCUAUUUGCCAUUCUCCUCGGCCGCCUCGACCUUGUCGUCAAUCCUCCGGAGGGACUUGAUGGUUGCGCCACCGACGAGAAUGGCAUUUUUGCGUCCGGCGCCACGCCGCUCCAGCUGCUUGUCGACGCCUUUGGGGUCGAGGAGGCGACUGUCGUCCACGGCGACAUCGUCCUUGUUCUUCUCGCCAUGCUCAAGGCCCGCUGCGCCGCUGUGCUCGCCGCAGAGGCCUCGGGCGGCUCGGAAUCACAGACACCUGCCGAAGCUGCCGCCUCGUCGUCGUCAGUCGAGGUCACCAUGCUCAAGUUUAUGACCUUCCUGUUCAAGGCCUCGCCCUCGUUCCGCACCUUGGCCUCCAAGGACGACGUCAUCUGUCAGCUCACCGAAGUCCUCUUUCCGCGAGCACACAUUGCGACGUCAGUCGUCGAGACCAGCCUCCUCACGCCUGUGCGUGAGGACUCGAGUCUGGAUGAGGCCGUCGGCAGUUGCGACGGCGGGGAUGACCACGACCACGACCGCGAUGCGGGCUUUGUAGUCAUUCAGCCAGUCGAGAACGCCGAGUCGAGCCCGAGCCGGCGGCCGGCGCUGCCUGUACGGCGCUCGUCGAUCUCGCGGUCGCCAUCGCCGACCUCGCCAAGUGUCUCGGUUGCGGUGCGACGGCAGGGUCUGGCAGCGCCGGGUUCCCCAUCGCCGCGGUCGGUCUCGGACUCGGGCUUCCGGCUUCCGAGUACGCCGGUGACGCCGGCGUCGCCACAAUCGGCGUCGCGGCGCAAGCUGCAGGACUUUUACGGCCUCUCGCCGUCGUCGUCCCCCAGUGCGAGUGCGGGUGCGGUCGAGAGCACAGUCGAGAGCUCAAGCAGCGGCGAGAGUCCGAGUUCGUCGGCACAGUCACAGCUUGUCACUCUCUUCCUGCACCCAGUCUCGAUGCUCGUCUUUGACUUUCUGCGCACGCUUGUCCAAGAAUCGUUCAUCCACUCGAGCACCGGGCCAGAGCUGCUGGAGCGAGUCCUGGAGGCUGUGCCGCCGUAUGUUGGUCGCGACCAUCAUGUACUCUUCCAGUCAAAGCUCCUCUCGGACCUGAUGGAUUAUCUUGCGGCGUCGCUGACGGUCGACAAGCUUGUGGCGUCGCCGAACCUCGCGGCGGCGGCCGAGGCGUUCUACUCACUGCUGGUGGCCAAGGUCUACCGCAAGUCGUUCCCCGGUGGCUCGCGGCUUGUCUUUGACUUUCUUGUCACGCUCAUCACCAAGCUUGGGGUCAGCGCGGCGCCAGCGAGUGCGGCGCUUGUGGCGCCGCUCACAUCUGCGCUCUCGCUCAUUGUCAUCCAUGACGUGUACUGCGCGGCGAACGGGGUCGGACGCGAGCCGCCGCUUGACGUCCUCAACCGACUUCUUCUCUACCAGCAGACAGUCUUUCUCCCGACAAACACGUCGAGCGAAUUCUACGGCUGCCUCUGCUACUGGCUGUACCGGUUCCUCCUCCACGACGACUCGCACUUGCGGCUCUCAGCCAUGAACCUGUGGAAGCUGCUCAUUCUCACCCGGCGUGAGCACGUCGGCCCUUUUCUUGCCAGCUCGCCCGAGGCCGACGUCUACACCGGCGGCUUUGAGCGGCUUGUUCGCGACAAGGACUUUAACGGCUUUUCGUACUGGAUGGCCGAGCACGACAGCGCAGUCAAGGCUGUGUUUGAUGUGACGCUGGCGCCGGUGUGGGAGGCAUUUGAGCGGAUCCAGGUCCGCGGACAGGCCGCGGCACUGCGCAAGGCCAACGCGGCGCGGAGCGCGGCGCAAGAGGCACGGCUGCGGGUCAAGCAGGCCACGUUUGCGGCGAUGAAAAAAGCCGACAUGCGGCGGAUGAACCGGGUCGUCGGCAUCCAGCACGUGCAGGCGGUCCGCCGCCGCAAGCGGCGCCUCGCCAUCGCCGAUCGCACCAAGCAGGUCUCCAUUCUUUGGCGCGAGACCCGCGCAGAGCUCUACCGCCAGCGCGGGCUGUGGGAGGAUGCGCGCGCAACCGCACUGCUCAAAUGGAAACUCGACCGGACAGAGGGCCCGCACCGCAUCCGCCUCAAGAUGACACCGAACCCAGACUUUUAUGCCCGCUUCCCGUUUCUGGGCGAAGGGCAGAACUCGGGCGAUGGUGGCAAGAUCCCGACCUCGCGCGACUCGGCAGCGUGGGCCGAGCUCAUGGACGCCGCCGAGCCGGCGGCUGUGGCGGUUCAGGCUGGUGCAGUCGGCGACGCCGCCGGGAGGGGCCUGGACGCUGUUGACGGUGCCGCCGACGCCGCCGAUGCUCAGAUCGCUCCCAUCGUAUUGCCUGUCACCAGAAGUGGCGAGUUUGCACCGUCGCACGUCGGGGGAUCUGCCAAUGGCAAUGCGGCCGAGCGCGACGACGCGAUUGGCGAGGAGAGCGGCGACGGCUCUGGCGACGACAACGAUGAUGAGGAUGAUGAUGAUGAUGAUGACACUGUGCUUGUCGGUCGCAACGAGGGCAAGUGGCUUGGUGGUGACGAGACGCUCUCGGAGGAGCGGACGGACCGUAAGAUUCUCCGACUGCUUGAGCCUGGCGAGCGGAUGCGGUACAUGUACAACUGCGCGCGAAUUGUGGGGCUCGACACGUGGCCGGCGCUGUUUCUGGUGUGUGAGAGCGCAGUGUAUGUGAUCGACUACUACAUGGUGCUCCCUUCAGGCGACGUGGAGGAUGUGUCUGGGGCGUCUGUGCACGAGGUCGAUCCUGCGCUCGGCCCACUGGCGUUCUCGUCCGAGGCUGCGGAGAAGGAGGGCCACGCGGUGGUGUGGUGGAAGUACGAGGACAUUGCGAAUGUGCUCAAGCGGCGGUACUUGCUGCGUGACAACGCGCUGGAGCUGUUCUCGGUCGACGGGCGGAAUGAUCUGCUUAUGUUUGACAUUGCACAGCGCAACGAGGUUGUAUCCAAGAUCAAGGCCAAGUGCUCGUCGUCGUCUCGGUCGCCGCUCGAGGCGCUUGGUGGCCUGUUUUCGUCGUCUGCCGUCUCAUGGUCGCUGCUAUCCGAGACUGGGCGUCCGCUGCGCGGGAGCGAGGGCGGUGGUAGUUCGCGUCGUGGACUCAAUAAGCUCUUUGCCUCGAGCAGCUCGUCGGUCAAGGCGCGGUGGGUGGAGGGCUCGAUCUCGAACUUUGAGUACCUCAUGCACCUCAACACGCUGGCGGGGCGGAGCUACAACGAUCUCACGCAGUAUCCGGUCUUUCCAUGGAUUCUCUCCGACUAUGUCAGUGAGACGCUCGACUUAUCGGACCCGUCGGUCUAUCGCGAUCUGAGCAAGCCGAUGGGCGCAAUCGGGGCGGAGCGGCGGGCGCAGUUUGAGGAGCGGUAUGCCAUGUGGGAGGACGACAUGGCGCCACCGUUCCACUACGGCACGCACUACUCGUCGGCCGGCACGGUUCUGCACUACCUCAUUCGAAUGGAGCCGUUCACCUCGCAUUUUCUCAAACUGCAGGGCGGUAAGUUUGACCACCCGGACCGGCUGUUUGCCUCGCUCCGUGAGUCAUGGGAGUCGGCGUCGGCGCUCAACAUGUCCGACGUCAAGGAGCUCAUUCCCGAGUUCUUCUACCUCCCGGACUUUCUGGCGAACGUCAACAAGUUUGAGCUCGGGGUGCGGCAGGACGGGGUGGUCAUUUCGGACGUGGAGCUCCCGCCUUGGGCGCACGGCUCUGCGCGCGAGUUUGUGCGGAUCCACCGUGCGGCGCUCGAGUCGGACUACGUCUCUGCGCACCUGCACGAGUGGAUCGAUCUUGUUUUCGGCUACAAGCAGCGCGGAGAGGCGGCGCGCGACGCACUCAACGUCUUCUUCCACCUCACGUACGAAGGCGCAGUCGACAUUGCGGCAAUCGACGACCCGGUGAUUAAGGCGGCGACGAUUGCGCAGAUCAACAACUUUGGGCAGACGCCGCGGCAGCUGUUCAAAAAGCCGCACCCUGCACGCAACAUGGAGCGUGUCCGCGAGGCGAGUCUGCAGAUGACGGUCUUUUCUGCGCCGCACGUCCUCCUGCCGUCGUCCGCACCUGUGCGGCAGCUCGACUCGCUCGUCGGCCUCCUCCGGGUUGUGAACGAUACGCUGCAGGUUGCGCCUGCGCUACACACUCUCAUCCUCCCGCACUGCAACAAGGUACUUGCCUGGGGCUUUCCCGAUCACGCACUGGUGGAAAAGGCGGCUGAGAGCGGCAAGGUGCUGGGGCGAACCGAGGGCAUGCAUCAUGGGCAGCUGACUGCCGUGCUGAUGGACCCGACGGGCUCAACGCUCUACACCGGCGGCGACGACUGCUGCGUGGCGGUGUGGGCGUCGACCAAGCCGCGCAAGGCGCGCGAGUUUACGCUCAUCAAGCGGCUGUCGGGCCACGAGGGCGCCGUGUCGUGCCUUGCACUCUCGCGCUCGUUCUCCAUCUUUGUCUCGGGCUCGAUGGAUGGUACGGCGAUUGUAUGGGACCUCAAUCGGCGGGUGUACGUGGAAGAGCUUGCCGGUCACGGGGCGCCGGUCCGACAGGUUGCCAUCAAUCACCUGUCGGGCGAUAUUGUGAGCAUCACGCUGACGUCGGCCUUUGUGUGGUCGAUCAACGGCGAGCUUCUGGUCCGGGCUGACAUCGGCCUGCGGGCGUCCGAGGCGCUGCUCUCGGUUGCGCUCUCGAUGGGCCCGGUGUGGCGGUCGGACAACGUGGUGGUGACCGGGCACGCCGACGGCUGCAUCAACUUUUGGUCGGUGACCGGCUCCGAGCUUGAGCUCCGCCACUCGGCGUCGGUGCCUGCGCCGGCCGACGUGGGCGAAGCCGAGAGGCUCGCGCGCCUGUGGCGGUCGGUCCACGACACGCAAGGCGUGCUGACCACGCUGGGAUCGGUGGCGCCCGACGCCGUCGGGGUCACCGCACUCGCGCUCGCGCCCGACGACCGCAAGCUCUACUCGGGCGACGUCCUCGGCCGGGUGUUCUCGUGGUCGCUCCCGGAUGGCGGCUCGUCCGACUACUGGGUCAAGGACGAGUCGGUCAAGGCCUGCACGGCGUGCGCGCUGACCUUUACCCUCCUUGAGCGGCGCCAUCACUGUCGCCAGUGCGGGCGCAUCUUUUGCUCGGCCUGCUCAUCGAACAAGGUUCCUCUGCAGGGCAAGCGUGGCAAGCUCGGGCGUGUGUGCGACGGUUGCCAUGCGGCAGGCGCGUGGUCGAGUCCGGCCGCAAGUGCCAGUGAGUGAGUAAAGACUGUGUGUGUGUG